AUUUAAAACUCACAACUGCGAUAGCAGCUGUUCGCUAUUGUUUUAGCAGAUCCAAUGAUAAUUUAUUAAUAACGAUUCUUAGACUUGACACGUAAAUAGUUUCCACUAGCUACACUAUCUACGCUUAGUCAGUCUCUGUGUAACGUAUUCUUCGCAUUAUUAUAAUGUGUUAUCACAAUGUUACUGUAGUGUUUUUAACAAAAAAUACAGCUAGAAGAGUAGAAUUUUGACAAUGUGCAACAGUACAUACUUUCAUGUACGAAAUAAUUUAUAUAAACCACUGGGUAUAUGCGAUAAUUUUUAUGAAUUAGAAAUCCAUGAGAAAAGAAACAAAUUAGCGUUUGAAGGCGAUCAUCAUCUUUCAAUUACUAUGGACGUUGAUAUAAAACUCUCUAGAAGCAGCAAUCAAGCUUGGGGCUUUCGAUUGUCCGGAGGGGCUGACUUUAGUUUUCCGAUGACUGUUGUCAGAGUAUCUCUCGGGGGAUUGGCCGAUCAAGCUGGGUUAAAAGCUGGCGACAUAGUGACUAAAGUGAAUGGUGAAGCUAUACAGCAUUUGAGGCACUGCGAAGUUCGUGAACGCCUUGUCAAUUCCGGAAAUGAAAUCAUGUUGUCGGUCGUGCGAAAUCUGAAAUUCAAACGAGCCGUUUAACGAAAAUGUUCAUCGACACGUAUCUCGCUGCAAGAUACCGAUAAUCAUUCUAUUUUUGUAAACAAUACGAUGAGGAUAAACAUUUUAUUAUUGACAGUCAAUUGUACACAAUAUUAAUUAGCUAUAGGAUACAAUCGUAUUGAUAUUCCUUGAUCAAUAUCAAAAUCCAAUUUUUACGAUCUACAAAGUUUUGUUCUUAUUAAAGUAUAUUGGUAAUAAUGCUCGUUCGAUGUAUUCGUAUCAUUGUAUAUACCUUGUAUCAACAUAUACAUUUUACCAUACCACGGUGUUAACUGAUAAUUGCAAAAGAAUUUCUAAGAAGAAAUAAAUCGUCAACCCACUCAAGAGUAA